AUGAACGAUAAGGCAGCAAAUACAACAACAAAAGCUGCCAUUCGUCAGCGUAUAUGGGAUCAUAUGGAAAGGAACGAUCUUGCCAACUAUCCUCGACCCGUUCACCACCGAAUCCCGAAUUUUAAGGGUGCAAACGCAGCUGGAGAAAAGGUUGUUGCUAUGGAAACAUUCAAAAAUGCUAAAACUGUGAAGGUUAACCCAGAUAAACCGCAAGAAUUUGUGAGAUACAAGGCAUUAGAGGAAAAUAAAGUAUUAUUGGUUCCUACGCCAAGAUUAAAAAAUGGUUUGUUCAAUCGCAUUGUUCCACCUUCUGAUGGUAACACUGCCACGCUUAAGAAGUGUGCAACUAAAGAGGGUAUUACAAACUAUAGUACUCCUGUUGGUCUGGAUCAUAAAGUCAACAUUGAUCUUAUUGUUAUAGGGUCCGUUGCAGUGUCAACGAAAGGUAAAGUACUGUUCACAGACAGUUAUAGCUCUUUCUAAGAAUUAUUGUGCAUGCAUUCAUGUGCAAGCAUUGCUGGCCAUGCAAAAUAAUUCUGAUGUAGUGUCACUCUCAAAUGGUCUUAUGGAAAGAAGGGAGUUUGAGCGACCCUUACAGUCUUAAAUCGUGGCUAGAAAUUUGUAUUGGGGCAGGAAAAAAUGAAAGCUAGACUAUAAUAAUAUGUAGACUAGCUUCCUUUUUUCCUAAUUAUUGGCCUCUUAUUUUCCGCAGGGAAAAUACACUAGUACGUAUGAAAACUAUAAACUGCUUACUUUAUGAGGAAAAAUAGGGACCUGAAAGGGGGUACUCCUCCAGGAUACCCCACCGAGGAGACUGUGUUGGGGGUAGUCUCAUUAUAUGGGCUAUAUGGAGAUAUGCCAAAUGACAGGGUAUGGUUUUGCCUCCCUGACUCUCCAGGAGCACCAUUUCAAGAUUUCUCCCGGCCCUGACACAUUUUUCCCAGGCAAGUGAAGAUAGCAUAUUUCCUUCAGAACAGAGGUGUCUUGUCUAAAACCAGCCAGGCCCCAGGGAUUUUUCUACCCCCAGGAGAAAGGAAAAGUCUUUACCCCUUCUAAAAAAAACAUGCAAACAUGUCUAGCUAUCUUGACCAAAUAAGCUUCGUCAAUGGAUUUUUUUGAUUUGACCAAUAUAUGCAAAAGAAUCAAACAUUCUUGAGGCAGGAAUGAAGAAGUUCAACUCUACUCUCAUGUUUUCCCUUCUUUCUAUGUAAUGAACAAUCCCUCAUGCUUUUGCCCAUUAUGUUUCUCUUUUUUUUUUCUAAACCCUUUAAUUAAGACCCAUAUCCCAAUACAAUAUUCUAAGAACUGAUCUCCAUACAUUAUCGCAAAGAAUAAGUUGAGGGAAUAUCAUAAAAGAUCAAAGCAUUAAUUAUUUUUAUAAUUCAUUUGAUCAUUGCAUUUGACCAUUUGACCACUGCUACAAAUAUUCUUUCUUUGUACGGAUCGUUUAAGCAUGGAUUAACUUGCCUAAAGAUGUUGUACACACAGGAUCACUGAUUUUAUUUUGCAACGCAUUAAGGAUUUAUAUGAAUACUGAUUAAUACAAUGGUAAAUAGUUUCAAAAUUAUGAUCUGCAAAAUUAAUGAUGUUCUAGUUUUUAGGUUUUGGAUAUUUCUCUCUGUAUAUAAUGGUUUAGAUUCUAGAUUUUACCUUGUCAUCUUUAAUUUUGGGGAAUCUUUUACAUAGGAUUAACCUCUAGAUUUCCCCUUUUGAGAGAUAUUUUGUAACUUUAGUUUUUUGAUCUCUUGAAUAAAGUAUCGCAUUGUAUUUUAUUGUAUCAUUUGUAUUUUAUUAAUUCUCAUAAGCUUCAUCUCGAUAACGUAUAAAUAUUGUUUGGAGAAAAUUGAUGUUGGUCACUCUUGUAACUUAAACAGUCAACUAUCCCUUAGCUUUUCUGUUCCAACUUACAGGGUAUCGCAUUGGGAAAGGUGAAGGAUAUGCUGAUAUGGAAUAUGCAAUGAUGGUUACCAUGGGAGCUGUCAAUUAUGACACUGUUGUCAUCACAACUGUCCAUGACUGUCAAAUAGUGGAUAUUCCAGAUGAGCUGACAGAUGAUCAUGAUUUGACGGUAAAAUUAUCAAAAUUUAUCAACUAAUGUCCAUUAGAUCUUAAGCGAAGGGAGAACUCCCUCACACACAAGUCUCCAUAAAUGACUGUGGCAAUGGGGUUACGUAAAGGCUUCUGGCAUCUGCUGUAGAUCAAGAGCAAAAGGGGAGAAAGAUUUGGAAAAUAUGAACAGGAUGUAAAAUUUAGCAAUUUAGCAAUUUAGCACUUUUCUCACUUUGGGAUCCAUUUCAUAGAGGCAAGACAAUUGUCUUGUACGAAAUUUUGACUAAACACAAGUUAUCCAUGGUCACACAGCGGUAAUGUGUAUUGCACUUUUCCUACCCAACUAUGGCCAUGGCUCUCUUCAUGAGGGAAUGUUAAGACACAAAUAAUUAUUAGAGGGUAUAUAUGUUCAAAAAAAAAAAUGUAUGAAAGUCAAAUCACCAAGCUAAGGUAACAUGAAAAACGAAUGAUCCUUUAAUCCCUCAAUAAAUUACAUUUAAGCAGAGGUUAGAUGAUUUUGAACAACCCUGGCACAUGUACACAACAACAUCAGGGCCAAUAAUGAAUCUGCACUUGAAGGGGAUAUGUCACGCAUUCAGUACAGAAUUAACCUUAAACAGCAAUAUCCUUGUGACAUAGCAGGCACCUGUCAGCAUAAUGCAUGAGGGCCUGUCCUCAUCAUUAUGGUGCAAAGCAGUGUUUAGGAAUGAAAAUUCAAAAUAACAGUACCAGGCUAGCUAGUGGCAUUUGGUCACACAUUGUUCUUUUCCCGCUGUUUACAGGUGGAUUACAUCAUAACACCAACAAGAGUAAUCCACUGUAAAGUGGAAAGACAGCUGAGGCCAACUGGAAUACAAUGGUCAAGAAUCACACCACAAAUGUUAAAGGACAUCCCCAUCUUAAGAGAUCUUAGAGAAAGAGAGAGGAAGCUUGGAAGAGACAUUUCUUUAAAGGAAUAG